ACAGCCUUUCCAACGUAUACUUCCAUUUUUUAUCGGUCUUCCCGUGACAGUGUGGUGGUGCUUUAAGUAGUUGUGAAUUUAAAAAUAAAUAUAAGCUAGAGAAAUGGCCUGUAAGCUGAUACCCGUGGUCCUAGCGCUGGCGGCGUGCGCGCACGCUCGCCUGUACACGUCGUGGCGACCAAUCGACGCACAGCCCGCCGCCGCGGUGCAUCACCAUGCGCACGCGCCGGUCGCGGAGCCACGCCUCGGCUAUGAGCACCACCAUAUCUCCGAGGAUGAGCACGUCGACUAUUAUGCGUAUCCGAAGUACGUGUUCAAGUACGGAGUGAACGACUUCCACUCAGGCGAUAUCAAGACCCACCACGAGAGCCGCGAUGGUGAUGUUGUCAAAGGUCAGUACACAGUGGUAGAGCCUGACGGUUCAAUCCGCACUGUGGACUACACCGCUGACAAACACAAUGGGUUCAACGCCGUCGUGCACAAGACUGCUCCGAUCUCGCAACAUGAAGCUCACCACCUUUAAAUAAUAUUGUAACAUGUACUAUUCUGAAUUUCAAAGAAAUAUCCAAGAUCAAUAAUCCCUUAGACCUUACUUAUGGGUUGAGGUUGAGGCACGCGCCGCGCGAUUUUAUCAAUAAUAUGGCGAUGUAUUAGAGCGUUCACGGAGAAGCGUUGUCACAUUUAAUUUAUAUUCAGUGACGUGUACUCAACACUCUGCGUCUCCGUAAAGAAGACCUUAAAAAAUGAUAAGUUCGCCUGCGCAGAUCAUAAUGAUGAAGAGGCGUUAAAUAUGGAGUCACAGGCUGCACUUCUGUAGAUUAUUAAAAUAUAUUUUGGAUUAGCUUGUGAAGUCAUACGACGCCGACGCAAUUAUAAUUAACAAAUUCAUUAAUAUCUUAA